AUGUUUGGAGACUUUUACCCCGUGAUUGGAAUCCGUGUCGAAUCCGCAUUCAAGGCCUUUUAUCCCAAAGAUCCACCACACCCCGUGGUCCCUCCCGUCGAUUGGGAUGCGCGCCCGCGCGCCUGGCUCAUGUACCUGAAGCACCUCAAGGACACCGACGAGACGGCAUACCAAGCGCUCAUCGCCAAGCUCGAUGCCGGCGAACUCGCCGACGUGAAGUGGGCAGCCUCCGCUCAACGAACGGGCGACCACGAUCAAGCCGACGAGACUGAACGCGUCGUGUUCUCGGACACAGAGGAGGAGCUCCAGUGGCAGGAUCCCAAGGCAUUCUUCAGAUCAUGGGCCCAUUCCAGCGCUAAAGACCACCGGGCCAAGAUCCGCGAGCAGCGGACGGAGAUUGAGGCGCGGAAGAAGGGUGUGUUGAUCUCUGUUGACAGACAAUUCCUCGCGUGA